AUGUUACACUUUAAACUGAGACACUCUAAUACAUUUAUAACGGGUGCAGGUCAUGGUAUCGGAAAGGAAUUAGCGAUUGGUUAUGCUUCGUUAGGAGCAACAGUAGUAUGUUGGGAUAUUAAUGAAGAAAAUAAUAAUGAAACAAUGAACGAUAUUAAAAAAAAAGGAAAUGACUCAGUGUAUGCAUAUCGAUGUAAUGUAGCAGAUGAAAAAGAAGUUUUCAGAGUAGCCAAAAAAGUAAAAGAAGAAGUAGGUGACGUAACUAUCUUAAUUAACAAUGCCGGCAUAGCGUUUGUCAAAUCUUUUCUGAAUCUAAGUCCUGAUGAAAUUACACGUGGCAUAAAUGUCAACAUGACAGCGCAUUAUUGGACAUUGAAAGCAUUCUUAUCUAGCAUGAUCGAAAAGAAUCAUGGUCAUAUUGUGUCGAUUUCAUCUAUAGCAGCACUUUUUAAUAUAUGUUAUGGGACAGUUUACUGCCCUACAAAAUUCGCAGUUUCAGCAAUUAUGGAUUCUUUAUCGGAUGAAUUAUAUGUACUGAGUAACGGAAGGUCAUCGAUUAAAUUUACAACUGUUUAUCCAUUCUUCGUACGUACCGGAUUUGUUAAAAAUAUAUAUUUUAGGUUUCCAUGGUUAAUACGAGAUCUUUUACCGCAAGAAAUGGCUUUGUCAAUAAUUAAUGCACAAAGACAAAAUUAUAAAAAUCAAAUUAUACCUCCAUACUGGUCAUCUAUUUUGAAGAUAAAAAGCGUCCAUCAAAAGGGAUCUUUUUCUUACGGGCAUAAGUGGGAGAAGGAGGUGGCAAGGGAGCGAGGUGGUGGCUCCGAGGGAGCGAGAGACCAGAAAGAUUCCGAGAAAGGCCGAACGAAGUGGGUGGUGAGAGCGACCUCGCCGCGCGCCGUUAACAUUCGCUCGCACCCACGCAUACAGAAUUACAGACGCAGCGCAGCUGAAGCGGAGUGCUCAAGUGCUCUCGGGGCGAGGGACCUUGCGCGAGCCACCCCGAGGAGUUACUCCAACACCUUGGUCAUUGGUGGCGCACCAGAUACAACCAGAUAUCAACGAGCGAGCGUGCGAGCGAGUAGGUGA